UUUUUAUAGUAAUCUUCCGUAGACCUGUACCGUUAAACUGUAAAAGAUUCGCCAUCUCAGUUUAUCGAAAAGGAGAGCUUUUCACUUGGAUUAAUAUGUGUUUCUGGAAUAAAUGGGACGUAACUAGGCGCUUAUUACGUCUGUGUUAAUGACUGCAGAAAACCUAAUUUUAAACUAAGAUGAACUCGAAAAAUUCUCCGACAUGUCACCUGCCUGAUCAUGUUUUAAUGCAGAUUUUUCGAUACCUCAAAGCAGAGGACAUUCUGAAUCUCUCAAGUGUGUCUCAAACCUGGUACAGAGUAUCAAGGGAUGAACUAUUAUGGAAAUCUCUCUUGAAAAGAGACUGGAAUGUAAAUCCAACAAUUGGAAUAGCUCCUGGCCAAACAUCAUGGUUUAACGAAUACUCAAGACUAUGGCAACAUACACCAAUAUUAGAAACAGAAGUUUUGAAGGGCCAUACCCAUCAAGUGCUUCAUGUCAGUUUUUCGCACAAUGGGAAGUAUUUUGCCACCUGCUCUAAAGAUGGUUAUGUGAUGCUUUGGGAUGCUGGUUAUCCAGCAAGAAUCAAGCACUAUUACGAUAUGAAAGUGUACAGCUGGAAAAAUACUCAGUUUAGUCAAUUUAAUGAAUCAGAUACAUUACUCUUGGUUUCGGGAGUUCACUUCGGAAAUCACUCCAAUACAGGAGAGAUCGCAGUUUUUAAUCUCGAAGAAGACUUUGUGAUUCAAUGCCGGAUGUCAAACAAGCCAUAUGAUUUUUUUGGUACAUGGUACAAUGAUAAUUACCUAUUGUCCGGUGAUUUGCGCUGGCUUGCCCAUCUCGUAAGCACGUCAGUUGUGUGGUUGAAUCGAGCGUCGCAAGAAUCAGACUCUGAAUUCACUUCCAUUAUGAACCGAAUGUUCAAGUUUUAUAAUAGAAGUGCUUCGUCUAUCCGCUCAAUUACGGUGGCAAACUGUCGUUCUUUACCUCAACGACAGCCGACAUCUUCUUCCCCGACACCAUCGAAUACGUCUGACGAUUGCUCCUCAGAUAAAAGUUGUCAUGAGACGGGAAAUCCCAUUUCGCAUCCCGAUCUUCCAACAGCUGAAACCAAGACUACAGACAACAGUUCACGUAAAGAGGAAGAUGUCUUUUUCCAUAAUCCAACUGAAGGAACCUUAUGGCCAACCAACUCAGGCGAUUUUCAGUCUUGGCGACGAGAUACUCCGAAUGUUGCUGCCACCAGGGAUCAUGAAACAAAGGAGGAAUCUAAAAGCGAUGACGAGGAGGAAUCAACCAGAUCAAAUUCCCCAUUAGCCUGCUCCGGUGCCGAAGCUCGUUCCCAACGCGCAGAGUCAGAAGCUACCGACGAUGAUUCAGACGACGUACUGGAUCCUCGUGAAAAAUUCUUGAUUUUCACCAUGGGUUCGCGGACUUAUACCCCACAUCAAAUAGGUUUAAAACGAAUAUCUCCGUUUACAUUUUGCAAUCGGAUCGAUGUCGGCCCGAGUUUGGCCGAACGAGUGGCUAUUCAGAGGCAAGAACGGCAAGCAUUGGAAGAGUCCUUAGCUCUAGGAAUCCCUCCACGCGAACCCGUUUGGCAAGAUUAUGAUGCUGUCACCGAUCGGUUUGAUCCAAUUGACCACGUCAUUGAUUUAAAUGGCCAUAUCAUUGGAAUGUCUUUAUCUCCUGACCACAGAUAUUUAUACGUCAACGUCCGGCCAUGGCCUCAAGGAUGCACUAUAGAGAAUCCUCUCCAACCCCCGCCCAUCGCACAAGAGAUCGACAUACAUGUAAUUGAUCUAGUCACAUUAAAACAGGUCGGAUCAUUAUUACGGGCCCAUCGGUCUUUCACACCUAAUGAUGAAUGUUUCUUCAUUUUUUUGGACGUCAGCAAUAAUUAUGUAGCAAGCGGUGCGGAGGACAAAUAUGCGUAUAUAUGGGAUCGGCAUUACGGCGUCGUUUUGGCCAAAUUUCCGCAUCAGGAUGUCGUAAAUGCCGUUUCAUUUAACCCUAGAGAUCCCGAAAUUUUGAUCACUGCUUCUGAUGACUACACCCUAAAGAUUUGGCGUUCCCGUCAUCGAGCCCGCCAACUUAACCUGCCUUUGGUGAACUUGCCCGUUGGUAUGGAAUUUCGCCAAAGGUCUUCACGCUUGAGUUAGAAUGCAUUUUAAAAAUUCAAAUAUACUCAACGACACGGCAAUGAAAAUUCGAUGGAAAGAACUAUUCGUUCUCGAUUGCUCAGAUAUGAUUUCUGCGUUGCCUGUAAUUGAGGCAUUUAUUGGCAAAAUGACACUUUUUUGUUGCUGUUUAUGUGUGAUCCCUUUGGCAUAGUGUGUGUUCGUUUUGAGUCAGCUCAAGAGAAAGUAAAACAAAGGAUGGAGCAACAUAAUAAUAAUAUUUAUUUUUUACUGUC